UGUGAGUGUAGUCGCGUAGUCUGUAUAAUCUUAUCUAAUCUGUCUUUUCUCGUUCUCUUCAGUUUAGACAAUUUUUUACUAGUUACUUGCUUUAUUUUGUUUACGUACACUUCGAUUCGAGUUCGAAUUCUACUUUCAAGUUUAAUAAAUCACACAUCACAUCACCGAACUAAAUCUAUUUCGCUGAGGAGAGUUUUCAGCUUUGAUUGCGGAACAAUGAGCAUAAGCUGGACUAAAACAACAGAUGCAAUAUCAACUUUGGAAAACAAACUCAAAUGUUUUGUCUGCGAGAAACUCCCAGUUGAUCCUCAGCUGUUGUGGUGCAAACACUCGUUCUGUGCGUCUUGUGUUGAAGUCAGUGCGAGAUGCCCGAAAUGCCAUUUUCCAACUUCACCUCAAGAUAUGGCCCCAGACUUAAUGCUCAACAAACUGUUGUUAGCCAUCAGAGUAGCCUCUCAGGUAUCAAAAUGCAGCGAAAAACAAGUUGCAGAAAUUUCUUCAUCCAAGUCAAAACCGGACAUCCAUAAUGCUCUGGAUAAAAAUGAAAAAACUGAAGAAAAAAUUAAAAAUUGUACAAGAACCACGACGAGAAAAAGUGGUGAAACAAAACAUAAAAUACCUGUUGACAAGCAGAGUGACCCGAUGAAAACUGAGGAAAUAAAGACAAGUUCAUCUUUGAGGAGAAGUAGCAGAAGCGGUAGUAGGAGUAGUUCCCCUCGCAGAGCAAAACACGCAAGUAUGUCACCACCAAAUGAAAACCAAGAUAAGAAAAUCUCAAAAAUGAAAAACCAGUUCUCUUCUCCAAAACCUACAGUCAAGAAAGUGAAUGUGACAUCAACUCCAAAGCCUAAGUCAGCUCCCAAAAGCAGCACUCCGAUUUUGUUUUCAGCUAAAAAAGCUCACAAUCCCAAUAAAGUGAAUUCUAGAGGGGAGACACCACUUCAGAUUGCAUGUAGACAGGGUAAAUUUAGUGUGGUACAGCAGUUGCUUAAAGACGGAGCCCAACCUAAUGUCAAAGACUACGCUAACUGGACUCCUUUGUGUGAUGCGGUGGGGUCAGGUAGUAUUGACGUGGUGAGGACUCUCCUAGAAGCAGGAGCUGCUGUCAAUACUCCGGCUAACCUCAACACCUCGGCGUUAGUAGAAGCAGUGAUACGCCGAGACCACGCCAUGGUCAGGUUACUGAUGAGUCACGGCGCAGACGUUCACCAGCGGACUGCUCUCAACAACACAGCACUAUCACUAGCGGAUGAAGAGACGAGGGCUGUGAUGUUGAGUUGCCCCCGUGUGAGGGCCCCGCCACCUCCCAGAGUCCCUGUCACACCUCGGGCGGUUCUUGUAGCAGCAAAACUGUCUCAAUCUCAACUAGACGAUAUCAUGGAGCUUUGUCGCAAGUUCAACCUUACCCUCUCUACUAGCUUCACGGAAGACAUAACUCAUGUAGUGGUCAACAAGUCUGCCUCCAACUUGUGUGAAGCCUCCCCAGCUGUAAUGUUGGCAAUCGUGAGUGGCUGCAGUGUCGUGGGGAUGGAUUGGGUCUCGUCGUGUCUGAAGGCCAACGAGCUGGUAACAGUCGAAGAGUACGAACCUUGCGGCACCACUGACUACCCCUCCUCUAAAGUCUUCUAUAAAGCAAGACUCAAUAAAGAACAGCUUCUUCCCCGAUUGUUUGAUGGCUGCCACAUGUCGCUGCAGCAUGACCAGGUGUGGUCGUCCCAGGUCAAGCAGGACACAGUGUCGCUAGUCAUGGCGGGGGGCGCAGUGUACCAACCUCGGCAGUGCGAUCCUGAGCGUGUACCGCAGGAUGAGGCUACAGUCAUGUUCCACGUCGCCCCCGCAGGGCCCCUGGGUGUUGUCAGUCACAUCAUUCUGUACCAGACAGGGCCCCCCGCUACCGAACCUCUGCUCAAGUACAACAUGGCCCAUGCUAAGAGCUUGUCACUCCCAUGGUUCCAUAAGUGUAUUCUAACUUUUAGUGUUAUUUUGGAUUAGAUUGAGGUAUGAAACCUCGAAACCUGACAAAAACUUUUAUUUUUCCAUUGUAUUCACACGUUUAUUGUAAGUUAAUUUUGAAACCUUGUGUGCUAGAAGAUAUUGUUAGUCAAAUUGUAUUGAGUAACAGAACUAUAAUUUGCAGAGUACUUGUAGCCUAUUGUUUUUCUCAGUAGUUUGAGACUUAAUAGUUUGAAAUGGAAUAUUUGUUGGACUCGAUCAUAAAUGUUUUUGUAAAGAA